UGUACACGCGGAGAGAACCGUUGAGACCUCGCCUUAUCGCCGCCUCGGAAGCGAGCUGAACUACGGACCCUGACCGUUUCCUACGUCGAAGUCCCGCUGGCGCCGCUGCAGACAGCCCACAAGCUGCUAGAAGCCGACGCUGCGGCACAACAGUCCCGUAAGGAGCUUUCUGCGAAAGAAAUACGCCUAAGUGCGCUGCUGCACAAUAAACGCCUCGGCCGCCCUCCAGUGGAGCAGACGGGUCCUCUUUGUCCUGGCACGUUCUGAGCACCCAGACCUCUCACAAAGAUGACGCAGGCGGAGUUCCGUGCGUUCCGCGUCGGAAACAUGACGGCGGUGACGCUGUGCACCAUGUGCCUGGUGGGCGUCGGCCUGCUGCUUCUCAUCUCGGGAGCCGUGGUCACCGGCAUCGUCUACACCGAGGUGCGGCCCCCAACGGCCGACGAGAACUACGAGAGGUACGUGGCAGCUGACCUUCGCCGAGUGCUCGGCCCCCUGAUGCUCUGCCUUGGCGGAUUCCUGCUCAUCGGCGGCUGCGUGUUCAUGGCUUUCGGCUACUACUCGAACUACCGCGACGAAGAGCGCGGCUACUCUCAGGCGCACGCGCGCGACUACGACAGCGGCCAGCAGCCCAGAGAUGUCAAAAUGCAUUACUUCGAAAGCUCAUCCAAGGAGGACUUGGAAGCCGGGACGAGGAUGAUGGAGAGAUGAUUGCAGCCCCGAACCUGCUCCACGACCCCUUGUAUAUACAUUGUGUGUGUGUGUGAAUGGAUUCACAUCGCAGAAGCACACCUGUACGUCGGUUGCGUGACUAGAAGUUUAACUCUACGCAGUAUUUGCCCGCGCUCAACUAUAUGCCAGAAUGUGUCAUGUAACAAGCGGCACAAUUUCAUCGUCAGAAGUAACGACAUCGCAAUCACUAUAAAAAGAGAUGCAUUGUCAUUCAUAUAAUACAUGACCCGCAUUGUAGUCAUUAGCCACCCAGUGAAAUAAAAGUGUAAUCAAGCCACAAA